AUCAAGAUCCUGUCAGAGCACCGUUGAACAAUCUGUUUACAUAGACCUUUGCCAGAAGUUCUGUUUCAAUGGCGUCAUGUGUUGUCUUCUCAGUACCUCUGUGCCUUCACCGCUCUCCUGUUAUGUGUCUGGACUGGGUCAAGCCUCCUAAAGCUCAAAGCUGAUCUAGAGUCAGUCUAAGGCUGUCUAAAGCAUUUUCGAAUAUUAUUUCUCACAGGUUUUUGUGCGGACCAGUGAAAGAGGGUGUACGGAGACAAGAGUAUAUAAACCACUACAGUAAACAGCUGAUAUGGAGGAGAAGGAGAAAACGGUGGAUUUGGAAAAACUUAUUUCAUAAGUAUGCGGCAUCUUGUUUGACGUCGCCCAGCACCCCAUAGCCAUGCGGUACUCAAAACUGUUGACCAUCCUGGCAGCCGUGCUGCUGUAUUUGGUGUUGGGGGCUCUGGUGUUCGGCUGGCUGGAGUCCUCCAGGGAGGAAUGGGCUCACCGCGAGCUGCUGACGUCUCAAAUGGCUUUCCUACAGAACCACAGCUGCGUCACACUUUACAGCCUGAGAGAGUUCAUGGAGAAAGUGGUUGAUGCCAUUGAGGCAGGUGUGGACGCCAGAAGCACGUCAAAUUAUACCAGCAGAUGGGAUCCAUCCAAUGCUUUCUUCUUCUGUGGUACCAUCAUCACCACCAUUGGCUUUGGAAACAUCUCGCCCAAGACAAAAGGUGGUCAGUUGUUCUGUAUCUUUUAUGCUCUGGUGGGGAUCCCCAUGUUUGGGAUACUGUUAGCAGGGGUUGGAGACCACCUGGGCACCCUGCUGCGGAGAGCGGUGGCAAAGAUUGAGACUUUGUUUUUGCGCAAGGGUGUGAAGCCCACCAGUGUGCGUGUAAUCUCCGCCGUCUUCUCCAUCCUGAUUGGCUGCUUAGUCUUCAUCGCCGUGCCGACCAUGGUGUUUCAGGAAGUGGAGAGCUGGAGCUUGUUGGAAGCAGUGUACUUUGUCGUGAUCACCCUUACCACGGUGGGCUUUGGGGACUAUGUGGCAGAGAACAGAAGAGAUGGGACGCCCCUGUACAAGCCGUUGGUGUGGUUGUGGAUAGUGUUUGGUCUGGCGUAUUUUGCAUCUAUUCUCACUAUGAUUGGGAACUGGCUCAGAGUGCUGUCAAAGAAGACACGUGCAGAGAUGGAGGAGCUGAGAGCUCAUGCCACAGACUGGACUCAGAACAUCCAGAACAUGUCCAUGGACUUCCGUAUUCCAGUGCCACUGGAUCUCAACGACCCCUUUCAGCUCCAAUGGCGACGCAGAAGAAAGCGCCGCCGCCGUCACCGCCACCCAAGACUGAGCGCGGCGGGACUGUCUCGUGGAAUCUCCCUCGAUGCCGAUGUUAUCCGAGAGAACGGACAUCUGAUCCUCGGUUGGCCUUCGUGCAAGUAUACCCCAGCGUCUGAUAACAGGUCUGAAGUGCUGUCCCGAUCCAGGUCGUGGUGUAGGGUAGAUGGGGCGUAUGAGAUGAGACCAGGAUCGAGGCUGACGGUAGGACCUGCAUCAAGAUCCAUCUCGCGUUUAGAGCUGAAACCACCAUCGAGAUCUGGGUCCAGAGCCAUGUCCAGGUCCCCUUCAGAAUCUGAAUCAGGAUCAGUCACUGAAUCCGAGACUCCGUCAGAAUCCUGGUCGGAAUAUGAGUUCAGUUCCCGUAACUCAGAGGACCUGGAAUCUGGAGCCGAGGGGUCUCGGAGAUCACUGGGAAGUCAAAAGGAUGUUCCGGUCAUCGUGGUUGCCAGCUGCAGUCCGCCCCAUCCCUCCCUCCUGGACUUCUUUGGCGAGAACCUGGCGUACAUCGACGAGUCUUCAGACGCUCUUAGCGAUCUUGUCAAACCAGCCGGACAGAACCGCCAACGCAAACCCAAGAGGAGGAGUAUGAAGAGACAGAUUCCCUGCUCGCGUCCUAUUGGACUACAGAGGGAGAUCAGUAAUGAACUACAACCCCCAUCACACCCUCCGACUCCUCCACCUCAAACCUGAGAAAUGAACAUUUGGCCAAGGGCUCUUAGCUUUACACGUCACAGUUUAAGACGCCAAACAUACGGAGCCCCGCACAUGACAUGCAGGAAAAAAAAUUGCACUAUUUCAUUUCCUCAAUUUAUAAAUCAUACGCACAAUUUACUGUUUUGUCACCUCCAUUUGCUAAAUCAUA